ACUCGCCCAGUCUCGCGUAAGCAACUUCCCAUUGUUUCGCUGCGCACCCACGCCUGUUGCUGCGCGACCCUACCUUCGCACACGAGCAACCGAGCCUUGCGGCCAGCAACCGCACCAACCAAAUCACAGUUGCACCAAGAGGCGGUGGGCGAGUCAAGUGUGCGGUGUGUGAAGAAGGCAAACUGCGCCACCCCCAGUGAUCGGCGACCACACACACACCCCACCACAUCAAGCAACGAGACUCGCAAGCAGCUCUUGUUGCCUGCCACAAGGUCCAAUACAAGUGAUACAAGCGAUCCCCCCCCCCCACACACACACACACGCACACAGGGUGGAUACACAGACACACACACACACACACACACAGCCACGCAAACAAAACACACAACCAAACGGUGCGCGUGAGUGUGUGAGUGUGAGUGUGAGUGUGUGAUCGGCCCCCACAGCACUCGCUGCACCACGUCCCUGAUAAAACACAAGAAGCCAGGUCGCCACCAUGGCUUCCCAACCACAGCCACAGCCACAGCAGCAGCAGCAGCAGCAGCUGAGUGGCGAACCCCCUGCGCACAUUCGAGAGAUCUUCGAAGCAGUGGACAGCGACAACUCCGGGUAUCUGGACCAUGAGGAACUCGACGCCGUCCUCAAACAGAUGGGCCUCGACAACGACGCUGAACGCAAAGCAAAGCUGGAGCACCUGCUGGUGGAGCUGGACCCAGACGGCGAUGGCCACAUCACCCCGCAGGAGUUUUGGCAGGGAGCGCAUUUGCUUGGGCUGGCGCAGGUGCACGAGGACCGCAGCCGCCUCCUCAUUCGCGCGUGCGCCGUCUUCGACGAGAUUGAUCGCGAUGGCGACAAUGAACUCAACCGCUCGGAGCUCACGCAGGUGGCCAUGAAGCUGGGCGUCCUGCAGUCUGACAUUGAGGACGUGGUUGAUGCCCUCAUGGCAGUGCUGGACGCUGACGGCGACGGCACAGUCACGCGCGAUGAGUUUAUGGAGGCCGUCAAGCACGGGCACCUGGACAACCUGCUCGAGUCUGCAGAGGCGCAGUCCCAGGACACCUUUGCGACAUAUACAGAGCACGAGCGCCACGCCGACAGCCCUGACGACGACAACGAUGCCGAGCAGAGGUUUGCACGUUUGCGCCGGAACGGGCUGGCUGCGUCCACGCGCGAGUUACCGCCGCGCACGGAGAAGACGAUGCUGAUAUCCGACGAGAAGUACCAGUACCUGUGGGACCUCUUCUGCGUUGCCGACGACGACUGCAGCGGGAAGAUCAACGAGGACGAGCUGUUUGACCUUCUCAAUGACGAGUCGCUCUUUGGCAAGAAACGCAUCACCCGAAACCUCAUCACAAGCGUCAUGAAGUCCAUCGAUGAAAACAACGAUGACACGCUCGACUUUGAGGAGUUUUGCGUGGCGUUUGACCAGCUGUUUGAAGACGACCGCACCAAGUCCAACAAAGGCAUCCUUGGCGCAGAGAACGAGGCCCUGAUCCAGGAAAACUCGCGGCUCACCACCGAGCUGCAGCAGUGUCAGGAAGAGGUGCGCAUGCUCUCUGCAAACCGCACCGCAAACGCAACGUCAGAGGCCCUCGAGCAGGAGCUGCGCCAACUCCAGGAUGACAACGAUGCAAAGGACGAGCAGAUCCGGCUGCUGAUGGAGAACAAGGCUGCUCAUGAGGAGCGCAUGAAGGACGCACGUGAACGCAUCGAAUCCCUCGAGAAAUCCUUGGAAGAGAGCGAUGCAGAGAUGCAGCGCCUGAAAGACCGCUACCGCAGCGGGCUGCCUGCGGACGGCGACGAGUUUGCAGAGCGGCCGCUGCGGGAGGAAAUUGAGCAGCUGAAGCGCGAGCUGGUCACGCAGUCCGAGCACCACCGCGAGGAGCUUGCACUGUACCUGCAGCAGAUAGCGGUGGCGGAGAUGCAGCUGGAGGAAGCCGGCCGCGACCUCGUGCGCAUCCCAGAGCUGCAGGACGAGGUGACGUUCCUCUCGCAGCUGUCGGACGAGCUGCGCUCUGAACUGCAAUCCUUUGUGGGGUCGCGCCGCCCGGCAGCGGGCGAAGGUGCCGGCAACGCUAACCUGCACGUGGAGGUGACAUCGCUCGAGGAGGCAACGCUCCAGCUCAGGGAGCUCACCGUGCAGAAGCGCGACGUGGAGAACAGGUUCCACGCGCACAUGGGCCGGUCGCAGCAGGUGCGGGCAGCGCUUGAGAGCCGCAACAAGCAGCUGACAGAGCAGGUGGCGGAGCUGCAGGAGACAAUUGAGCAGCUCAAGGCCGGCACGCAGGAGCUCUUCCAGAAGCAGGCUGCCGACUACGAGGCCAAGCUGGAGGCCAUGGAGGCAGACCUGAUUGAGGCGCGCGACGCGCAGCGCAAGUGGGAGGAGUACCAGGCCAAUGACAGCGUGCGCGCGCGCGUGGCCGACGCCCGCCUCCGCCUCAAGUCCGGCAGCGAGCUUGCAGAGCAGCUGCGGGAGACGCAGCGGCAGCUGGAUGAGGCGCAGUCGCAGGUGGCGCAGGCCGAGGGCGAGCUCGACGCGUUCAAGCGCAAGACCGCAGAGAUGUGGCAGCUGCACCAGGAGACGCACGCCGAGCAGAUUGCAGAGGCAACGGCGCAGGCAGACAUGCUGCGGGGCGAGCUGGACAAGGCAAAGAUGGCGCUGAAGAACGGCACGGAGGAAGGCAGCGGCGGCGACGAGCGCGUGGCGCAGCUUGAGCAGCAGCUGGCCGAGCUGCAGACGGUUGCGUCCAAGGCCAACCAGGAGCGCCUGCACGAGCUGGAGGCGCAGGUGCAGCAGGUGCGCGCAGACACCAUCACAGAACUCACGGCGCGGCACAAGCAGGACAUGGACAGGGCGGCGGCAGACGCACAGGCGCGCGAGCGGGAGCUGCAGGACGAGCUGGACCGCAUGCAGCAGGAAGGCAACGACGAGCUGCAGGCGCUGGCAGAGAAACUGGCCCAGGCGGAGCACAACCUCAAGGACAAGAAGGCGUCGCUCGAGGCGGCCGAGGACAAGAUGUCGCAGCUGGAGAAGAAGCACGCAGAGGCACUGGCCCGCGCGCGCCAGCAAGGCAUUGACGCAGAGACGGAGGCGCUCACCCUGCGGGAGCAGCUGGCAAAGGCAAACGCCGCGCACUCGGAUGUGGAGAAGCUGCAGGCGGAAAUUGCCGAGAAGGACGAGGAGCGCACGCGGCUGCUGGAGGCGAUGGAUGGCAUGAACACACGCAUCGAGCAGCUGGAGCAGGAGGCCCGCGCAAAGAACACAGAGGCAGAGGCGCGCGUGGCAGAGGCCAGGCAGCAGCUGCAGGCCAAGCAGCAGGAGGUGGAUGCCCUCAACACCACCAUCGCAGACCUGCGGCGCCAGCUGGAAGAGGCGCAGGCCGACCACGCCCGGACGUGCGAGGAGUACGAGGCCACCAUCUCCAAGCUGCAGCAGCGGCUGGCAGACGGGGAGGAUUCCCUCAGCGCCAUGACGCAGGAGCGCGAGCGCGCCAUGGCGUCGUCCAGUGACGAGGUGGUGCAGCUGCAGGAGGCUAUCUCCAAGCUGCGCACCGCGCACGCCCAGCGGGAGCAGGACCUUGCUGCCGAGCUGCAGCAGAAGGAGGCGGAGAUUGCCGCUGCCCGGAGCGCGGCCGCUGGCGACGUGGAGCGGGCGCAGGCCGAGGUGGACGCGCUGCAGGACGCGCUCACAGCGGCAAAGCAGGCACGCGCACGGGCGCUGCAGGACUUCCAGCAGGCGCUCGCUGCCAAGCAGAAGGACCUGGAGGCAGCGCAGGCCGCCAAGGAGGAGGCCGUGGCCGCCCUCACAGCACAGGUGGAGGACGCCACCCGCAAGCUGGAACAGGCCCAGCACCAGCACGAGGCGGAGCAGAGCGCACUGCAGGAGGAGCUCACCGCGGCCAAGCAGGACGCGGCGCAGCGGGCGCAGGAGCACGCCGAGGCCGAGGCAGAGCUGCAGGCGCGCGUGCAGGCGCUGGAGAACCAAAUGACGACGUCCGCCCGCGAGGCAGCCGACCGCGCCCGGGCCACGCAGACGCAGCUGGAGCAGCAGGUGCAGGACCUGCGGGCCGCAAAGGACGCCGCCGAGGCAGAGGUAGAGCGGCUCACGAACGCCCUGCAGGCGCAGCAGGCCGCAGCGCGCACGCGUGAGCAGGAGUUGCAAGGCAACGUGCAGGCUCUACGGGAGGACCUGGCCAACAAGCAGCACGAGCUGGAGGAAGCGGCGACAGCGCGGCAGCGGCAGCAGCGCGACGCAGAGACGGCCGCGCGCGAGCUGGAGCUGCGGGUGCAGCAGCUGGGCAAGCGCAACGCUGUGCUGCAGGACGAGGUGGACAAGCUGACGGCGAUGGACCGAGCGGCAGUUACGCGGGCGAGCCCCUCUGUACGGCCCGACAGCGACGAGGCCCUGCAGCAGCUGCAGGUGCAGGUGCAGGACCUGCGCAAGCAGCUGGCAAGCACGCAGGCGAAGAUGCGACAGCAGGACGAGGAGCACGAGAUGCGCGCCAAGGAGCUGCAGGCGCUGUUCGAGUCUGAGCGGAUGGAUUUCGACCUGCGGCUGCGCGACGAGCGCGCACGUACGCAGCUGGCGCAGAACGAAGCAGCAACCCUGCAGGGCAACAAGGACACCGUCGUGGCUGACCUCCGCGCCAGGCUGGCUGCCAAGACGCGGCAGCUGGAGGAGGCGGCAGCGGCCCACGCGCAGACCGUGGGAGAGGCGCGGCGGGAGCUGGCCACGCUGCAGAAGCAGCACGCCGCCCUGCAGCACGAGUACGAGCAGUCGCAGCACUCUGCGGCCGUGGUUGAGGACGUGGACCGGGCCCGCGCCUCGCAGGAGGUGCAGGAGUUGCAGCAGCAAGUGCGAGCGCUGCGCGCAAAGGUGGCCGCUGCGGAGACCACGGCCAAGCAGCACGACGCCGACGUUGCGCGCCUGCGCCAGGAGUACGAGGCAAAGCUGCGGGAGCAGCUGUCCCUGGUGGAGUCCAAGCACGUUGCUGCGGCGGAGCAGGCGUAUGCGCGCGUGCGGCAGCUUGAGGACGACGUGACUGCCGCGCAGGAGGCGCGCCGCAAGGCCGCAGAGCAGUUUGCGCAGCAGCUGGAGGCCAAGGACGCGCACAUGCAAGACACCGUCGAGGCGUUGGAGGCGAACGUCAGCGCGCAGCGGGCACGGGCAGACAAGCUUGAGGCCGAGAUGGACAGGCUGCGGCGUGAUGCGGCGGCUGCGGCGGCCCGCCUUGCAGACGCGCGCCAGGGGCACGAGGAGCAAGUGGCGCUGCUGCGCGCGGAGUACGAGACGAAGCUGGCGCAGGCCGCAGACACCCUGGCCACCGCGGAGCGCGAGAAGGGCGCGUCACCGCAGGAGGUGGGUGCGCUGCGGCAGCAGCUGCUGGCCAAGCUCGAGGAGCAGCAGGCGCUGUUUGAGGCGGAGCGCAGCUCUCUGCGGGAGCACGUGCGCGAGCUGGCGGAGGAGCGAGACGCCCUGCAGCAGCAGCUGGCAGACACGACGGCGAACCUGCAAGGGGAGGUUGACCGGCUGGGCUUUGAGCACCGCAGCCAGGCACAACGCACGCUGGCUGCAGAGGCGGAGCGCGAUGGUGUGGCUGCCCAGGCAGAGCGGUACAAGGCGCAGCUGGCCGAGCAGGAGACUGCAAUGCAGGCGCUGGAGCUGGAGCGCGAUCGCAUGCGGGAGCAGCUGCGCACGGCCAGCCAGCACCUGUCGGACGACGAGCGCGUGCAGUACGAGCAAGAGCUGCAGCUGCUGCGCGCCAAGGUGAACGAGCAGGAGAUGCUGCUGUCCUCAGCCACGUCCGAGGCAGACCGUCUGUCCGCAGACACGCUCACGCGCCUGCGGGAGAAGGAUGCGCUGUUCCAGGGCGAGCGGCGCGACGCAGAGGUGCGCCUGAAGCGCCUGCGCACCGAGCUCGCAGACGCACAGGCGGCGAUGCAGCGGCUGACGGCGAGCAAGCAAGCGGCGGACCGAGAACUGGAGGCCCUCCGCAUGCAGCUGAGCCAGGCCGCGGCUGCUCGCCAGGAUGCGGCGCGUGCGUUUGAGUCUCGCAUUGCGCACCUGGACACGCAGCUCGCACACGUGCGGGAUGAGAAGGCUGAGCUGGCACAGGCUGUGGCACAGCUCAGGGCCGGCGACCCAGACGCGAUGGCAUCGCUGCAGGUGCAGCACGCCAAGCAGACGGACGAACUGUCCGAUCGCGUGCAGACGCUGAGCGCCAAGGCGCGGGCGCUUGAGACGGAGCGGGUGGCGCUCGCCUCCGAGCUGGAGUCGCAGCGGCAGCAUGCUGCGGCGCAGAAGGCCACGCUUGAGCAGCAGCUACAAGGCACGAUGGAGGAGCUGACACACCUGCGGGACCAGAUGACCGCCAUGGACGAGGAGCGUGCUGCGGCGAUGGGCGCCGUCAAGGGCGAGCACGAGCACGCUGUCGUGCAGAUGCAGGGCGCACUCAAGGACAAGGAGGCAGAGGUGUCGUCGCUGCUGCAGCAAUUGCGGGCGAAGGAGUCUGAGCUGGAGGCGGCGCAGGCAGAGGGCGCGGCGGCAGCAAGCCGCGCAGACGCAAAGGUGCGCAGUCUCCAAGAUGAGCUGGCCCGUGAGCAGAGCGAGCGUGCACUGCGGGACCUGGACGUCAAGGCGGCGCGCGAUGACUUGGAGCGGCAGAAGCAGCAGCACGACGCAACGGUGGCUGACCUGCGAGAGCAAGUGACCACAAAGGAGGCUGAGCUUGCGGCGCUGCGUGCGGCCCACCGCGGCGACCAGGACACCUUGCUCAAGGCCACCGAGGAGCGCGUGCAGCGGCUGCAAACCGAGCUGGCAGCUGCGCGCGAAGGCAGGGACGCACUCGUGCGCGACUUCCAGGAGAAGGUGGCGCAGAACAGGCAGCGGCUGACCGAACUCCUGCAGGAGAAGGACGCGCAGCUGCGCACGCUGCAGGACCGCAUGCACGAGCUGUCUCUGGUCAACAGCAAACUCGUCUCGGACAAGGCGCGCCUGCUGGAUGACUUGACAGCCAAGCCCGCGGCCGUUUCGCGUAGCGGCACAGGCAGCCGUACCUGGACCCCCGUCAAGGCAGCGCCGCCGCCAACAGCAGAGAAACAGCAACGACAAGGACAAGGGCAAGAAGGUGAGGCUGAGACCCAAGGUGAAGAAGCAAGAGCAGGCGAUUCCGUCCGCUCGUCUUCAUCCAUGUCAUCCCCUGAGACGGAACGCGACGGGCACACGGCGCUGGGAGAAGACGAUAGCGAGGCACAGGAGGUUGCCGGUGCGUUUGUGGCCGUGUAUGCCAGCGGCCGCAGCAGUGGCGGCGCCGAUGCGUCAUCGCGUGCGCAACAGCUGCAGUGGGAGGUGCAGCGGCAGCGGGCCACUGUGACGCGGCUCGAGGCCGAGAACAGGCGGCUGGAUGCGCUGCUGCGCGAGAGCGAGGUGCUGGGCCAGCAGAGCAUGCGCUCCGACGCAUCGCAGCGGCACAGCCUGGAGGCGACGGUGUCACGCCUCAAGGACGAGCUUGCACGCGUCGUUGACGACAAGGCCGCGAGCGCAGCUCGGUUUGAGCAGCACGCGCGCGAGCAGCAGGAGCGCAUUGCCACCAUGGCGGACGCGCAGGCGAAGACGCGCAAGAAACUGCACGACGUGAAGCUGGAGCUGGCUGCAGCACAGGAGAGACUGCGCCAACAGCAGCAACAGCUGCUGCAAGCAGAAGGGGAUGGGACCAAGGCUGAGAAGGAGCACGGGCAGGAGUUGCAGGGCGACGACGCACACGAGGUUGCGCAACUGCAGGCCACGGUGCUGCACUUGGAGGGCGAACUGACGGCACGAGACGGCCGCAUCGACGCGCUCAGCGCACAGGUGAGUGCGGCGCAGCUGCUGCUGGAGGAAACCAAGUCCGAUGCAAGCGCACGCACGGCUGAGCUGACGGCGCGUGCCGAGCAAGCGGAGCGGGCGGCGGCAUCUGCGCAGGAGUCGUGGCGGUCGCAGGCGGCGGCGUACCAGGAGAAGCUGGGCGACAAGCAGGCUGAGGUGGAGACGAAGGAAGCCACCAUCCGCCGCCUCAAUUCGGAGAUUGAGCGCUUGCUUGGGCGCGUGGCGGCCCUCAAGGAAAACGCCGACGUGCUUGCGGCAGAUCGCCUGCAGGGGACGCCCGCACGAGGCGCAGCGUCAUCCCCAGCAGCCCCUUCCGCUGCCACUGCCACGGCUGACCUCGACAAACUGCAUGAGAUGCGGCGGCAGCGCGAUGCUGCGAGCAGACGGGCGGACGCGCUGGAGAAGGAGCUGACGGCGGUGUCGCGGCAGCUGGCGCAGGCGAGGGCAAGGGCUGCAGCAGAUGGCAUUGGCGCGAGCAACGCGCACGGUGCUGUGGAGGCGCAUAUGCAGAAGCUGGGGGAAGAGCUGGGCAGGGUGCGGGAGGAGCGCGACGCAGCAGCAAACGCGUUUGAGGCCAAGCUGGACGCAGCAGCGCAAGCGACGGAGGCGAAGGAGCAAGAGGUGGCGGCGCUGCGGGCGCAGGUGGAGCGGUUGAACGCAGAGGUGUCACGGAUGGCGGCGGCCAUGGCUGAGGGCGAUGCGGACAAGGCGGCAGCGCAGGAGCUGGAGCGACUGGCAACGGCACUUGCUGCAGCAGAGGGCGCGCUGGCGCAGGCCGAGACAGAGAACGAAGCCUUGGCUGCACGCCUGCGCAACGUGGAGCCAAAGGCAAACGAGGCCGUGCGGGUGCAGGGCGACCUGCAACGCGCACUGAGCGAGCGCCUGGAGGCGGCGCAGGCGUUCAAGGCGAGCGUGCACGACCUGGAGAAGCGGCUGGACCGCGCGCUCGGGGAGAACAAGCAGCUACUUGCUGAGCUGGGCCGCCGUGCGCCUUCUGAGCAGCAGCAACCGGAGGAGGAGGAGGGCACGUCGAGCGCGAAGCUGAAGCGCCCGCAGCGCAUGAGCUUUGGGCAGGAGGGCAUGAUGCGAUCGCCGUCCGCCGCCAGCAGCACGGGCGCAGACUUCCGCCUCGGCAGCAGCGUGCCGUCGGAGAGGAACGCGUAUGAUGGCGCCGAGAUGGCCAAGGCAGACGCACUGCUGCAUGGCGCCGCGGCGGCAGAGGACGCCAUGUCCGCAGCGAGCCGAGCCUUGUCGGAGACGGGCAGUGCCACGGGCGACAGCGCGGGCCACACCCUGGUCCUGCUCCGCACGGAGAACGCCAAGCUGCGGGGCCGCGUGGCCGAGCUUGAAGCGGAGCUCGCAGUCCGCCGCGCUGGCGGUGCCGCCUCAACGGACGCCGGCAUCAAUGGCACGGCGCCAGCAGCAGCGGCAGCAAGGGGAGGGCACCAGCCGUACUCGCGGGUGCGCCAGCUGCAGCUUGAGUUGCAACGUGUGCUGCGUGAGCGCGCGGACGUGGUUGAGGACUUUGAGCAGCGGCUGCGGGCGAUGGAGCUGCGGGCCCAGGAUGCGGCCGCUGCGCGGGAAAAGCUUGCGCGUCAGCUGAUUACGCUGUCGCAGAGUGACCGCCGGCCAAGCGCAUCCAACGCGAGCAAGCCGCACUCGCCCCCACACAACAACACGAACAUGCGCGCGGAGCUGUCGUCGUUGCAGCGGGAGAACAUUGCCUUGCAUCAGGAGGUGCAACGGCUGCGCACGCUCGCACACGGCCGCGCAGCCCAGCCGCACACGCCGCACACGCCACAGACGCCGAGCACGGGGUCAUUUGCGUAUCGGGAUGGCGGCGUGAGCAAAUCGGGUGCCAUGCAGCGCAUUGGUCAGCUCGAGCAGGAGCUGGACCGCAUGCAGAAGGAGCGGCAGAUGCGGCAACAGGGCGCCUUCACGUCGCACGGCCACCAGCAGCAGCAGCCGCCGCAGCAGCGCCGGGGUGGCAGUAUCGGUGCCGGCUAUGCAUAUGGCGGAAUGGUGGCGUCGUCUGUGAGCUCUGUCACAAGCACCGGUGGCCGGGCAGCCAAGUCACGCGCCACAGCAUGGGUUGCUGCUGAGCGGAGUGGCAGCUCCCGCACCUGGGCAGUACGCCCUGGUGCAUAACUCAGAAUCACCACAUCCACCGUUGCUGCUGCUCUCUGUAGUGUUGCACUGUCUGUGUUGACGAAUGGUUUGUUGCUGGCGCUUGGUUGCUGGCUUUCUUGGGUUCUUGCCUGAUGGUUGAGCUGUAUACAGUGAUACGAUGACAGUUGCUGCUUGUCCCUGCCUUCCUUCCUUGAUUGGUUUGUUUUGUUUUGUUUUGAAUUCACCACGUGGUCGGAGCAUCUCACUCGAUGCGCUUGCUGAUGCUUUUCAAUGUUGUACAUUGCCACUGUGACGAAAGUGUCGCCCUUUCCAUCAUUUUUGUUUAUGUUAUCUGCUCAUACACGCUGAUGAAUCAGG